AUUACAUAGAAACAUGAAACUUGACUAUGUGCUCAGGCAAGUUUUACUUCUCCCUAGCGCAGGGGUGUUUGCCAGUAGCCUGCACUCUCAGAAAUCAGACUCAAGUGGCCAGAACCCUUGAGACCACAGGCCUGCCAUGCUGUUCCCUAGCAAGACCAGGAACUGCUGACGUUACCACCGGACAGUCUCUUACAAUCACCAAACGGAAUGGACAAGCUUAAUAAAAUAACUGUCCCUGCCAGUCAGAAGCUGAGGCAGCUUCAGAAGAUGGUCCAUGAUAUUAAGAACAAUGAAGGUGGAAUAAUGAACAAAAUCAAAAAGCUAAAAGUCAAAGCUCCUCCAAGUGUUCCUCGAAGGGACUAUGCUUCAGAGAGCCCCGCGGACGAAGAGGAGCAGUGGUCGGAUGACUUUGACAGCGACUAUGAAAAUCCCGACGAGCACUCGGACUCGGAGAUGUACGUGAUGCCCGCCGAGGAGAACGCCGACGACAGCUACGAGCCGCCCCCCGCUGAGCAGGAGACCAGGACGGUCCACCCAGCCCUGCCCUUCGCCAGGGGCGAGUAUGUAGACAAUCGAUCAAGCCAGAGACAGUCUCCACCCUUCAGCAAGACGCUUCCCAGCAAGCCCAGCUGGCCUUCAGCCAAAGCAAGGCUCAUCUCCACCCUGCCGUCCCCGACUUCUCUGCAGAAACCUCAAGUCCCGCCCAAACCCAAAGGCCUCCCUGAGGAUGAGGCUGAUUAUGUGGUUCCUGUGGAAGAUAAUGAUGAAAACUAUAUUCAUCCCACAGAAAGCAGUUCACCCCCAUCUGAAAAAGCUCCCGUGGUGAAUAGAUCAGUCAAGCCAAAUAACUCCUCAAAGCCAGCCUCUCCUCCAGGAACAGUUUCAGGUCGAAACAGCGGGGCCUGGGAAACCAAGUCAUCUUCACCUGCUGCACCAUCCCCACUGCCGAGGGCCAGGAAAAAACCAGCUACACCACUGAAGACAACUCCAGUUGCCUCUCAACAGAAUGCAUCAAGUGUUUGUGAAGAAAAACCUAUACCUGCUGAACGCCACCGAGGGUCUAGUCACAGACAAGAAGCUGCGCAGUCACCAGUGUUCCCUCCUGCCCAGAAACACAUCCACCAAAAACCCAUACCUCCGCCAAGAUUUCCAGAAGGGGGAAGCCCAACUGUGGAUGGGCCAUUAUCCGGCUUUUCACCUAAUUCCACUAUUUCAGAACAGGAAGCUGACGUCCACUGUAAGCCAUGGUAUGCUGGUGCCUGCGACCGAAAGUCUGCUGAAGAGGCAUUACACAGAUCAAACAAGGAUGGAUCAUUUCUUAUUCGGAAAAGCUCUGGCCAUGAUUCCAAACAGCCAUAUACACUAGUUGUAUUCUUUAAUAAGCGAGUAUAUAAUAUACCUGUGCGAUUUAUUGAAGCAACAAAACAGUAUGCUUUGGGCAGAAAGAAAAAUGGUGAAGAGUACUUUGGAAGUGUUGCUGAAAUCAUCAAGAAUCAUCAACAUAGUCCCUUGAUUCUUAUUGACAGUCAGAAUAACACAAAAGAUUCCACAAGACUGAAAUAUGCAGUUAAAGUUUCAUAAAAAAAAAAAAAAAAAAAGGAUGUCAAUGUUGUUGCUUCACACAUUUCCCCCAAGUUUUCCUUUUGAGAAAAAGUCCCAAAACUUCAUAUUUUGGAUUAGGAAUGAUCCAGUCAUAACAUAGAAGGUGGAGGCAGCUAUGGAGGUGGUCAUCCGUUUCUUUAUGAGACGUUCACAUGGACAUGUUCUACCUAUUGCCUGACCUGAUGAACUGUUAAAUCUGGUGAGGUUGAGUUAUCAUGCUACUAAUAUUCUCCAAAUAAAUGUCUUUAUUUAAAAGAAA